UUUAAGUAUUUUCUCAUAUCAUUCCUACUUGCUAUGUGCUUAUAAUUUCUGAAUUGAUUUUGUGUUAAACCAUUAUUAAUUUCUAUUUGUUGAUUUCUAUUAUUUUGUAGUAUUCUGUUUUGUCAAAAUGAAUCCCAUGUUAUCACUGUUGACUGAAAAUAAGCUGAAUGGAUCUAACUUUAAUAAAUGGAAUGAGAACAUUAAUAUUGCUCUCAUAGGAGAAAGUGCCUUGUUUGUUUUAACUGAGCCGUCACCUGAAGUGCCUGGGGAUAAUGCUUCCAAAGCUGUGAAAGAAAAGUAUGAGCGUUGGCAGAAAGCAAAUGACAAAGCUCUAUACUUUAUGCUUUCUAGCAUGGUUGACACCCUCAAAACUCGGUUUUCUAAAACUGAAAAGGCUGCUGAAGUUAUGACGAAGUUAAAUGAGCUAUUCGGUAAGGCAUCACUUCAGUCACGCUUCGACGCGACUAAGAAGUACAUUAAUGCACGGAUGGAACCUCAUCAAAACGUGCGUGACCAUGUUCUCCUCAUGUCCAGUUAUUUCCAAGAAGCCUAGGAUCAUGGUGCUGAAAUGGACAGUGCUACUCAAGUUAGUCUUAUCUUGAAUAGCCUGACUCCAGCAUUUCUACCAUAUACAUCAAAUUAUGUCAUGAAUAAGAAGGAAAUUGAUUUUCAUGAAUUAGUCAAUGACCUUCAAACUUAUGAAAAUUUUAUUGGAGGACCCAAGAAGAAAGGGAGUAAACCUCAUAAUCCUUGUAAUGGUAAUGGGACGAUAAAACCUGAAGCAAAUGUUGCUUCUGCUUCAAAGCCCAAAUCGAAGAAGAAGUGGAAGAACACCAAGAAGCGAACAAAAGCCAUGAAAAGGGCUACUCCUUCUGGUGAUGCUACACUUAAAGGAAAGUGUUUCUACUGCAAUGAGAAAGGUCAUUGGAAACCCAGUGUCCUAAACUUCUUGCAAAGAAACAAGGCCAAGCUACUUGAACUCAAUUAAGUUGGAUCAGAAAGCUGGACCAAGGGUGAAAUUGUCCAGAUGAAGAUGAAGCUCUUUAAUUAUUUUUGAAUUAAUUGUUUUAGUUUAAAGACAAUUUGGAUUUCAAAUUUUAGUUUGGGAUAUUUAUCCCUAUUUUUCUCAUAUUGUUGCAAUAUUUUUUUUAAUAUUAAUAAAGUUUUAUUUUCGAAAUUCAUUAUUGCAAUUUAUGAGAUUGAGCUUCAUUUAUGUUAUCUUCAUCAAUUAUUACCACAUUAUAUUUGUAUGUUUGUAUGUGUAAGUGUUUUUAUUAUUGAUGCAAAUUCUAUAAUAUUUUCAACUCUUCAUAGAGUUAUAUUAUAUAAACACUAUAAAUUAUUUCUAUGUUUAUCAAUAAUUGUUCAUUCUCAUACAAUUAUUAAGAAUUUGUUUAAUAAAAGGAUCUUAUGAUCUGAUAGGGGUGGAGAAAAGUUAAGAAAACU